UGUGGUUGGGUAUAAACCAGGGGACAGUAGGGUUUCUGUUGUUGUGCUGUUCUGAAGCCGUCUCUCCUGGCAUCCUGCUCUCCUUUUAGCCAUUUUUUCUGGUUUUCCCUUUCCUUCCACUCAGGCUCCCAGCUGAGUUGGGAUUCUUCCUUGGCAAAAUCCUGUCAAGGUUGCUGCAUCCAUCCAUUUUUAGGGCGGAAUCAGAAACAGAAGCCAGAAAACCAUGCUGAGAGUUUUGGCGCUGGCAUCAGUCGUCCUCCUGGGAAUAGCCCCUGAGGGGUCCCAGGCCAUAUCCAUUUACACAGGGUGGGAGCGCCAUGCGUUGGUGGGCUCUGACAUCCGACUGUCCUGCAGCUUCUUCUCCUGGCGCUUUGUCUCUGACGACGUCUCCUUCAGCUGGAGUUACAGGCCGGAUGGCUCAAGGGAAUCCAUCGCGAUUGCCCACUAUGCCGGUGGUGAGCCCUACACUGACAACAAAGGCCCUUUCAAGGACAGAGUAGAGUUUGUGGGCAACCCGAAGAACCGUGAUGGCUCCAUCCUGCUUAAAAACCUGGAUCUUAAUGACAAUGGCACCUUCACCUGCGACGCCAAGAACCCCCCUGACAUCGUGGGCCGCCCCUCCAGCGUCAGACUGCUGGUCUUUGAGCAACUGCCCAUUCAAGCGGGUGUGAUCACAGGGGCCAUCAUUGGGGUGGUACUGGGCCUGCUGGUGCUUAUUGUGGUCAUCUACUACCUGAUGAGGUUCCUGGUGGCGCGUCGGGUCUUCAGCCUUAGCGUCAGCAAACAUGGCAAGAAAAAGAAAGAGGGAUCACAGCAGAGACAGGGCCCCGCGCCUCCUGCUGACCCCUCCAAGGUGAAGGCAGCUGCUUCGGAAAAGAAGAAGCUAGAGUCUCGCAAGGAUAAGAAAUAGGAUACGGGGAGGGGCUGGGGCAGGCUGCUCCAGCCCAUUCGCCAGGUAAUGGCGGCGAAGGUCCAACCCAAACAGAAGCAGCAGCAGCACACCAUCAUUAAAGAAACAGAGAGGGUGGAGGGAGGUGGGGAAGAGGGCUCAGGUCGGGUCCUUAUGACCAUUGAGCUAGAGAUGACCCGGCAAAAUGGGGAGGAAGGUUCCAGCAGCGAAGGAGGGACUGGGAGGUCUGAGCCGCCCGGCCUCCUCUCCCGCCUCUCCAAACGACUCACCGAAUAACAGGCCUCCACAUGGGGGUGAAACCACAAACCUGCUUUACAUGCGGCACUGCCGGAGUCCCUGAAUAAAUCUGUUAAAUCAUAUCUGCUCUUGUCACAGAAUGUAUUCUCAACUACUGUACGAGGGCCCAGAUGUCACGAUAAUCGCUAACACCAAGCCCGCUCCCUGACUGCUUUUGUUAGGUCAUAAGAUAUGCCAUUUGAAGCAAGACCCUGAGACAGCCCGGGCCUGAUAACAAAAUCUAAAAAGGCUGCUCCCAGGGUUUUUGCCUCUCUGGUUCCUUUCAUUGUGAUCCAAUCCACUGAAAAAGCUUUUUCUCAAAGUACGUCCGAUACGCAUCACGAAUCCCUGGCUGCGGGGACAAGCCAAUUUGCUUCUUUUUUUUCCUUUUCUUUCCAGAAGCAAUGUGUCAAACUCCAGCUUUCUUUCCUCACACUGAUUUCUGAUCCUCCCCCACUUUCCCAUCCCAUUUCUACCUCCUAUUCCUAUAAAUUUCUGUACUUUCUUGUUAAGUCAAAUUACAGAAAUGAUUGAAAUGCUAACUGCUCUGUCAUGUUCUUUCUCUUCCUCCCUCUUUUUCCUGCUCCUGUAGAUAAAGGUCUGACUUCUCCAUGACUGCCUCCACUCCUCUAGUCUGCUCCCUCUCUUUCUGCCCAGCCUGAUGCAACCCCCGUUAUUCCCCAUUAUCUGUUCUCUCUCAAGACAGCACUGGCUGUAAGAAUAGUCCCUCUAUAUCACUGUGCAACAGUGUCAAAUAAUUUUUACAAUGCCUCACUGGAGAGAGCCUUUGCGAUCACUGGGCUAACUGUAAAAGUCUUUAAGGCCUUACUAUGCACAUAAUCCCACAGACCGCCCCUCGUGUGUUUAGAAUAUUUCUUCCUCAGUUUAAAGUUUAUGACUCAAUCACGUCCACCGAGCAGAGAUGAAGGCGCACGCUGGACUUCAUGUAGAGGAAAAACGGAGAAGUGAUAGCGAGAGAGAAAUAUGAUUCCUGCUCUCAGCCAGCGAAGAUAGAGGUUCAAGCCCCGGAGCUCGGAGGUGAUUCAAUCCCCUCACAUUUGAGCUAAUGGAGGUUGUCGCUGUGUCCCUGCCCAGGCUGUAAGGGGGGCUAUUUCUGGCCCCUAUAAGAGAGCACAGGCUUACAGUAACAGCUGCACAUUUUUUCAGCCAUCGAGGGGGUAGAGGUGGUGGUGGAGGCAUUUUUUUUCUUUCUUCCUGUUUGUGCCUGAGAGAAGCGUCCAGUGACCGACGAACUGGAAUGACGUCAUGGCCUCCAACGGCCGCGGAUGCUCUCAGGUGACUGACAAACAGGAUUACCAGGAAGAGGUGUGGCUCCCGACUUAUUUUAGGUCCAGUUAAUCCACUCGCACGUUUCUCCUGGUCGACCUGCAGCUAAUUAUUUCCGUGCGUGCUGGUAAUAGGAUAUCUCUCACCGCAUCAACCCCCUCCCUUCUCUGCCAUCUCCGCCUCAUCUCUGCCCCCAUCUUGGGAAUCAUCUCCCCAGUUUUGCUGUCUCUGUCCUUAAAGUCUUUGGCUUCCGUUUAUCUCUUCCUCUUCCUGAUGUCCACUGAGUCUGCACUGCAUUAUUCCCCCACUGAAAAAGGUCUAUACACAAUCCAAUCUACUCUUUAAGCCUCUCCUUAUCUGACUGGCAGGCCUACAGCUCAAUGCUUCACUCUCCUCUGUCCUUCCUUCUCUUCAUCAUCUUUGUUACUCUCUUUUCCAAACUCUGAGGCACACGACUCUUUUCAAUCUUCCUCUGACUUUGCCAGUGAUUGACAGAAAACGCCCUCAAACUUUGCCCUUCAAACACUGCAGGGGAAGACUUUUCCCUCGCUGGGCCAUUUCAUCCCAUCUAGUUCGAUAGCCCCUAUUCUGUAUUAGAUCCUGUAAACAAACCAUUUCAAACCCAUAUGUUUAAAUAAUUGCAUAUCAGUCUAUUUUUAUGGGUUAUGUAGAAAAAUAGUCAUAAAAACACAAACUUUCUUACUUUCUGUAAUGUAUUUUAAUAUCUGUAAUUCCCAGAUUUUGCAUUACAUUCUAUUUUCCUUUAUUUUGAUUCUUAUUUGUGUACAGCUGACUUUUAGAAAAUGUUACGUUUGAUUUAAGCAAAAUUAUCUUAACUGACCUCUUGCUGAAAUACAGUUUUUUUUUAUUUUAUUUUAUUAAAGUAAGAAAACCUUACAGCAAACAUUAGUGUAGCUGAAAUACAAUAAUCUCAUGUCAGUAAUUGGAUCAGCAAUAUAUCAAAUUGGAUAUAAAACAUCCCUAUGAUGCACCGUGACGUCGGGUAUCAGACAACCGCCUCUGAUCUCUGUAAAAAUCUGGUUCAAAACGACCCAAAACCCAAAAGUAUAAAAAAAUCAAAGGGGUGAAAUGAUCAGUAAAACCUUUUCCCUUCACCUGUGGCCUUUUUUUUUUACUCUCCUCUUCUUGUUUGAAAGCCAAACACGUUCCGAAGCCCCCUACAGGCUGAGGAAAGCUCCCUCACUCAACAUGCCAAACGGAAACUUAUACUCCAAGCUAGUUCUUCUCUGUUUUAUGCAUAAGUGUUUAUGUUACAAAAUGUUUUUAAAAAACGGAUUUGUUAUAAUGCAGAAAAAGUAAAGCCAAUAAUGUUUUCUGGAACAUUUUUUUACAUGUAUAUGCACCGGGAGAUCAUGUUAUAACUGCAUUUUCUAUGCUAUAGAAUUUACCGUUAUAUUUCUAGCCUUGUCUGUUGUGGCAGGUACUGUGUGGCUGCCUCUUGGGUGAAUUUCAUUUGGAGACGGAAGAAAGCUGAGGUUGGAGUGCAGGGAGUGAGAGCGGAUAGCCUUAGAUUCAUCACUCUGUGGCUUGGGAGGAAAGUAGAAAAACCACAGAGGAAGGUGCUUGCUGUGGAAGCAAAGCUUUGCAGGAAGAGACUUAUCUGGCGUAUUAAGCCCUGCCAAAAAAAUCUGUAUGUAUCACUACAGAUAGCCUGCUUUCCCCCUGGAGCUUUUCUUUUAAAGGUGCUCCUUCCCAACCCUGAGCCAAAGAUGGAUCGUAAUCUGCAAGCUUGAUAUGCAGGCCGGAUAGUUCAGCCUUGAACUUUCCUUGAAAAUUCAUAACAGAAAUAGGAGGUGCUUGAAUCCACACAUUCAUCAUCGGUUUCACUCGUCGCUGUUUUAGUAUCCAGUCAAAUGGAUUAGUUAGAAUGUUUUCUUGUUUUAAAGCAAAGCCACACAGAUGCCUGGCAUAACAUGAACAGUAUUUACAUGCCGUGUAAAAGGAUUUCUGAGCGAUUUAAACUGUUUUAGCUAUAGUCACUGAUUAACAUUUUGAGCUUCUUAGAUUUAUUUCAAUGCUUAUGAUCAUUUCCGAAUGCUAACAUCUUUUUGUCUCUGUAAUAUGUUGUAAAGAAAAUGUAAGAAUAAAAGCCAUAAGCACAGCUGCUGUGCAGUAAACCC